AUGCCGAUCCCUCGACUUCAACAAGCUGCUGUGGUGGAGAACCCCGGCGUCGACUUUAAAGUUGCUCUGCGCGAAGAUGUUCUGGUCGGAGAGCCAGGUCAAGAUGAGAUCCUCAUUAAACUAAACUGCACAGGCAUAUGUCACUCGGAAGUGCGGGCGGUACUGGGAUGGGGUGUCUACAACUCCAUUAUCGGUCAUGAAGGCGUCGGAACUGUGGCCAAGUCCGGGCCCAAUGUCUCUCCCUCCCUGCUAGGACAGCGCGUGGGAUUCAAGUGGCUGUACAACGCCUGCACCGCAUGUUCCGUCUGCCGACGGGGCUUCUUCCAGAACUGUCCCCAACAGCUGAACACCAGUCGGCAUGUGCCGGGAACCUUACAGCAAUAUGCUAUUGCGGAUGCUCGAUUCAUAACCAGAAUCCCGGAAGGAGUACCUGAUGAAGUUGCUGCUCCGCUCCUCUGUGCUGGUCUCACUAUGGCCGGCGCUUUGGCCCAUCUAGAUCACGAUCUACAGCCCGGUGACUGGCUUGUCAUCUCAGGGUCUGGCGGAGGGCUUGGCCAUAUUGGUGUCCAACUCGCAGCACGGGUCAAGAAGCUCCACGUCAUUGCAGUAGACAGUGGUGAUGAAAAGAGAGCUCUCAGUCUAGCCUCGGGGGCUGAGGCUUUUAUUGACUUCAAGAAGGAGGAUGUUGCAAAGCGAGUCCUUGAACUGACUGAAGAGGGCGCGCAUGCAACAAUUGUUGUCCCUGGUACCAAGGAAGCGUUUCAAGCGGCGCCCAGCCUGGUCAGGAAUAUGGGACAGAUCAUCUGUGUCGGUCUUCCACGAAACGAUAUUGAAAUCCCUAUCUCGGCCACUCUGUGUGCUGCUAGAGGGCUUUCUAUCAAAGGCUCCUCUGUGGGAUCCGAAGAGCACAUGAGCGAGUUAUUGCAGCUCGCCCUCGAUGGAGUCAUCACUCCUGCGGUCGAAGUGUUCGAAUUCUCUGAGACACCGAAUCUCAUUAGACGCAUCAUGAACGACGACAUUUUGGGCAGGGCGGUCGUUAGAAUCCCCCAUCAUUAG